CUUGUACUUCAUUGUAUUUCCGGUGGCAAGUAAACAAAAAAAAUGUGGUAUAUUGAUUUCUGAGUAUUUUAUAUACGUUUUAUUUCAUGAAGAUGUUAAAACCUAGUCGUGUUACUUCGAUAACCAUUUAACACAUUGGAAGAUCUUCUUAAAUUACAAUUAUCUGAAGUCCUCUUCUACAACGGAACAAACGUAAACGCACAAGAUAUUUACACAGAAAAUAAUAACAAAAAAGAAUAUGAUUUGUGCAUAGUCUAUGGAAGUGAAAUAACUUUUUAUCAUCAGAAUGAGUUCACCACUAUCAAGUUUGAAGAAAUCACACAAACAGUCUUUACUACCAGGGAGAUUGGACCAAAUGGAACCCAGCCUAACAGAUAGGUCUUCAAAAAGUCGAAAAUUAGAUGAUGGUAAAAAGGGUAAAAAGUCAAGGUCAAGGUCACUACCAUUCAGGCAUCCAGAAUAUUCAGAGGAUGAAAGUAGACUACUGGAAGAAAUUACUACUAAUAUGGCUACAGCUAGGAUGAAAAUAAGAGAUCCAUUUAUUGGAGGUCUACCAAAACUAGAUACAACAAGGGGUCUACUGUCCAACCAGAAUACUCCUAGAAUGUCUAAUACAUCAUCAUUAGAACGACCUCCCAGUGCAUCUUCCUACGAUCGUAACACCUAUGAUCGUAACACCUAUGAUUUCCACAAUCACAAUACUUUUUUGACAGCUCCAAGUGAUCAUGACUUAAUGUCAGCCAUGAUGAGUAAAAUUACAGCAUUAGAGACGAGAGUUGUUUCACAAGGCAAAGAAAUAUCAGAAAAAGACAAAAGAAUCAAAAUUCUUGAAGAGAAACUUCAGAUUGUGCAGGCUUCUAAAGUACCAGAAGACACAGAUAGCAAGACACAGGCAUUAGAAAGGAAGUGUUUGUUGCUACAACAAAAUGUCCAUGAAAUGGAGACAUUUUUAGCAGAUUAUGGAAUGGUUUGGAUCGGUGAGAAGAGUGAUCCUAACUCUGAUGUUUACAAUGAAGAAGAUUUGUCUGAUGGUAGUAAUGAGGAGUUAUGGAGACCAGAAUCUUCCCUUGCUGGUGAUGAUGACCCACCCCCAUCACCAUCUAUAGACUAUGAUAAAAUAUUAGAGAAUAUCAAAGACCUGAAUGUUUUAGCUGGUGAUGGUAUUUCCAGAAUACAACACACAACAGAUGGUGCUAGACUAAAGAUGCCUGACCCAGUUGAUUUAGCCUUGUAUGCAAAUGGUAUAAUGAUGUAUAGUGGUCCAUUCCGUCCCUUCAGUGACCCACCAACACAGCAUUUACUAAAAGACAUAUUGGAUGGGUAUUUCCCAUCUGAGUUACAAACAAGAUAUCCAAGUGGUAUUCCAUUUGUAGUGAAAGAUUUUCGCCAUACACAUUUUGAGAUAAAGAAACCCUUGAAAGCAUUUAAAGGUGUUGGGCAAACUCUAGGUGGAGGUAUCCAGCCAUCAAGACUAGUAGCUUCAACACUGAACAAAACUACACAGAAAUCUGAUACACAUGAGAACCCAGAACACCCUAUAAGUGUUUCAGUAACCAGCAAACGACCAGGUAAAACCUUGACGAAAGACCAAUUUUUAAACAAAUUACCACAAUCUGUUGUUAAAGGUGGAAAGAUUGUAGAUAUUAGAAACACACUGAAUGAACAUCUAAGUGAUAAGACAAAGAGUGAGAAACCAGUUGUAACAGUUGUAGAAACAGAAACAGUUAAUGAAUUAAAGAAAAGGUUAGAGCUUGAAGAGUCAGUCAGACCAUCAACACCAAGGAAUAUAACAACUUUAAGAAUUAAAUCAGAAACAGGCAAUCAGACAUAUAUCUUAAAGAUGAAGUUUAACGAAACUGUAGGUGAUCUGAGGAAAUAUUUAAAUCUACAAAGAUCCCCAGCAGAAUCAGACUUCAAUAUAGUUUCAGCCUACCCAAAUAAAACACAUACUGAUGAUUCAAAGACAUUAGAAGCUAGUGGACUUGUACCUAAUGCUGUUCUACAUCUUAGAUUGAAGAAAGGAUCAUUCUCAUAACAUCAACUUUAUAAACCUAGAACUAAACUAAAUAGCCACAUGGCUUACACUGUCUUACAUUCCAUUCUAUGUAGAAGAAAACUAGAAUUUUUGACAUGAGGGUACAUUUUAUGGGGUUUUAAUUCUCCAACACAAAUGUGACAUGAGGUUGUCUCUACAUGUUUCCAUAUUUCUGUCCUAUUUCGAUAAAUUUUAUUAAAUUAAAUAACCGUAAUGUUUUUAAAUCAUUUGCUAAAACACAAAUACUUUUCAUCAAUAUUGCCAUUAGGUUAGGGAAAUUGUUUAUUUCCUUUUAUAUAAUCAAGAAAACAUAAUCAUAGCUUUUAUGGAUGAAUCUCAGAUUCUGGAUUAUUUGUAGAGAAUAAGUUUAGCAGUUUAAGUUAUUUUAAAAUAAUAUUACUUGAAUGUUUACAUUUGCCUUCUUUUUAUUUUAAACUUUUUGAAAUUAUUUUUAUCAUUAUUAUCCAAUAUGCAUGAAGUAUAGGUCUAUAGACAUAAGCAAACCACACUCAUCUAAACAUUUGUAGAAAGCCACUGAGGUUUUUUUUUAUAAAUAAAAGCUUACAUAAAAGCUGCAUUUUAAUUGUGUAUACGAGGCAUUUUCUGUCACAAAUUAAGUUCAUGGUGUCACAUACUGGUAGUGGAGCUUAUAAACAGAAACCUGUGAUAGUGAAACCGAAAUUGCCCCCUCCCCCAAAUAGCAGUGUUAAUAAAUACAAUUUCAAAAACUUAUUUAUUUUACUUUUUAUUACAUUGUGUUGUUGUCCAAAGACAUAAAGUUCCCAUAAACCAUGAAUUUUACUGUUUAAUGUUGAAAUUAUUGUAACCAAUCCAAUCAAAGGGCAUUUCCAAGAUUUGUCAGGCCACGUCUUUUAGAAAGCAGCUUAAAAAAUUAGCAAAAUAUAAUGUUGCUCAAAUGUAUAUUUUUUAUAGUCGUAGUUUUUAAAAACUUUUCAUGAAACCUUACACUGUUUUGGGGAUCUGUAUUAAAAAGCAUGUUGAUUUUUUUUUUAAUUUGUCAUUCCAAAAUAAUGUAGGACUGGAGGAACCAGAUUAUUAGAUAUUGUUGUGCCUUGUCAGGGCAAGCUUUAUUUUCUUUUAAUUAAUUUACUUCAAACUUUACACUGGUGUUGGCGUUUAUCAAAGUAAACCUUCAUGUAAUUUGGAAAAGUUUUGGACUUGCUUUUCCAGAGUUAUUGGACCUUUACCAUCAAAUUAAAGAGAUAAAAGAAAGGUUAAUUUUAUCCUCAGACAUAUUUUUUGGCAGAACCAUUUUCACUAACUUCUAUUAUUAGUAAUACUUAAAUGUACCAUUUAAUUCAUAUAACAAUUCCAAUAUCAAUGGAUACUGGUGCAACUUUGUAUUGUUGUUGUUUUAGGGUUAUCAGACUAAUUCAAUGUUGUUGCAUUUUAUCAACUUGAAAUAUGAUAUUUUCAUUUUUUCAAGAAUAAUUAAAUAUGUAUACCAUAAUUAAAAUACAGAAGCAAUCUAGUACUUAGAGAUUAAAUCUUAGUAGGGGGUGUAGGAGGGGUCCCUAAUCCCGAAAUUAAAAACAUGAAAUCCUGAGGUCCCGAAAUUUAAAAAAUUGAAAUCCUGCCAUCCCGAAAUUCGAAAAAACGAAUUCCCGGAACCCGAAAGGGUCAAUCCUGAAAUCCUGAGCUUAAAAACACAACAAGUCCCAACAAAGGUCCUUCCCCCCCUCUUAGUAGACAUUUAUCUGUUGGAAAUAGAUUAUCGAAGGAUUAAAUUGGAUCAACUGGUCUUCCAAAAAUGUGAUUUUAGUCAACAAAAAGAGAUUGUUCUUGACAUUAUUUAUAUUCUUAUUUAAUGUGUAUUUGUUUUUCUUUUAUUUAUUCAUUACUUCCUUUGUUCCAAUAUAUGUUCAUAUUUUAUUCCACAAAAGAAUACUGAUUUGAUCAAACAUGUUUAAGAUGGAAAUUUGGGGUUUUUACUUGCUUGAACAGUAACAAAGGUUACAGGCCGUAGCUUGAUAUUUUUCUGUCAUUUUAACACAUCUCCUGUAUUUUAUUGUUGUGCCUUUUGUUUUAUUUGUGUGGAUGGUAAUGUAAAAACAUGCAAGUUUAUAAUGGGUUUUUUUUUAUAUCUGAGUACCGGUAUAUUUUUAUGAUUAUUAUAUGUAACUUUUUUUUCAUAAUAUUUUGCUUUAUUUAUUUUUAGCAUUUAUUAUGAGAAUUCUAGUCGUCAUCUGCAAUGAACAUACGAGCACUGGUCACUUUAUAUGUUUUCUUAUGUUAUUCUUCACAUGGGAGGUAACUCCUGCAUUCAUGGCACAAUUUGUGAUAAGAUCACUUUGUUUAAACGCUUACAACAAUAACUAAACUUAAAAAGAUUUUUUAAUUAACAAAAAUGUCUAUUAUCAUUUUAAAGGACAAACAAUGUAUUUUGUGAUAAUUUACUGAAAUAUUUGACAUUAUUUUAUCAAAAAUAAAAUAUGAUAUUUA